AUGCGCUCAUCAAUUGCAUUGAGCUUGCUGGUCGCCAGCUCGGCAGCAGUGGCGAAAUACAUUGUCCCUGGUGCUCGGUGGCUCGACACAGAUGGUGAGCUCGUCAACGCUCAUGCGGGUGUGGUGUUGUUUGAUGAGAAUACCGAAAAGUUCUGGCUUUUUGGAGAGUACAAGAUCCAAAAUGCCACAGAGGGGGCAGGAGUUGCGGUAUACAGCUCUGACGACUUGGCAACGUGGGAGAACCAUGGCCUGGCUCUAGAACCAAUUGAAGGUCACCCGUACAUCUCGCCAAGCAACAUUAUCCAAAGACCAAAAGUCGUUUAUUCAAAUUCGAGUCAAGAGUAUCACAUGCACUGGCACGCGGAUAAUUCAAGUUAUGGUCUGCUUCUCCAAGGAUACGCCACGGCGCCUACCAUUCAGGGGCCAUACACCUUUGUCAAUGCGACGGCGCCACUGGGGAACUGGUCGCAGGAUUUUGGCCUAUUCACAGACUACAAGGACGGGCGAUCCUAUGCCCUGUACUCGAAUGGAGAUAGUCUGUACGGGCGAGAUGUUUACGUCACGAGAUAUGAUGAGGACAAGGCCGAGCUCGAAGAAGUCGUCCACCGUUUCCCAAAGUAUGAUCUCGAAGCACCGUCAAUUGUACAGACCGAGGAUAGCUACUACGCCAUAAUGAGCCACAAGACGGGCUAUCGACCCAACAAUGUCGUGGCUUUUCGGGCAGAUUCACUGUCUGGGCCAUGGUCACAGCCAUGGAUCAUAAACCCGCUCAACACCCGUGGCUUGAACAGCCAAAGCGGUAAUACACUACGCAUUGUCGGGUCAAAGCAGACCACAUACCUCUACAUUGGUGAUCAGUGGGACUCGAACUCUCUUUGGGAAAGUCGAUAUAUCUGGCUACCACUGAAUAUUGACGACUCGAAAAAGCACCUUAGCAUCGAAUGGUAUGAUGUUUAUGAUCUAGACGUCAAGACAGGCGAGUGGUCCGUUGUCGAAGGUAAAACGUAUUAUAGCAAGAAUGCACUGGCUUCUGGUAAUGCCUAUCACCAGGAGGCCAACUUUGGCAGUAAUGGUGUGAUUGCUACUGGCAUCUAUGGAAAUGACAGUACCGUUACUUUCACCAACAUUGAGGGUACCGGUAAGCCGCAAUGGGUAUCGUUCUACUAUCAGAACACCGAUGACAUGGGUUUUGGAGACCAACCAGGCGGCUCACCCGAUCGAAUUGGUGGAUCAUGGCAGUUGCGCCGAAUCAGCAGCGUUGUGGUCAACGGCAACACGCAAAAUCUCGAAACCUUGUUCCAAAGAGACACUCACAAGGGCAUCAUUUUGUCCACGCCACUGCAAUUGACCUUGAAUCGAGGCUGGAAUAACUCCAUCACCGUGGGAGGGCUGUUGAACGGUUUCGAUUACAAGGGUGCUGAUUUGGACAGGAUCGUGGUGUAUCCUCCAGAGCAAUAA